AUGGCUAUUUAUAUCGUCGCUCUUGGAGACCGCUUCACGCAUUGUCUGGAACACGAGGCCGAGCGGCAGAAUGGGCAAGUGGGCAGAGGGAAGGAUCCAAUUGAAAUGGGCAAUCAACAGGUCGUGGCGCCUGCUUCACAUCAGCUUUUCAUUACGUCUGAUCGAGAUGACAUCGGUCCACCGAACAUUCACUCCUCCGCCUCUUCCGCCUCCUCCGCUUCCUCUUGCACAACUCCACUAUUAGCAACAACAACAACAACAACGACCGCCUCCAAAACCGUAGUCAAGACGCCGAUUCCCAUCGGAACGUUGAUGCGGCGACCAGCACCACCGCCUCCCGCGAAUACGGCCCAAGGACUGUCACUGCCUCCACCGGUUGCCACGGCAGCCGCCAUGGAUACUGCGCCACCGCCAUGUACUUUGGCCAAUGGAAUGGCGUGCGAGUUGAUGCUGGAUGAUAAUAACGAAAAGAACCUCCUCUUCCACCCCAGAGAGAGAGAGAGAGUGGAGAGCGAAGAGAAAAAGGGACCUUCGCCUGCGUGUCUGAAUUGCGGUUUCGAUGUUGUCGAUUGCGUGGCAAACAAAUGA